UCAUUCUGGGCAAUUCCCACUCCAAAGUGAUGCUGUUUCACGAGGCGUGGGGACGCAGUCUGUGUAAUGUCAUGCAGAGUCUGGUGGAUGUUGAUCAGGAAUAUCCUGGUGGUGUAAAACACAUCUACAGUCCCGGCUGUGUUCCACUGCUGCGAUGCUCCGGCUGUUGUAAUGAUGACAAACUAGCCUGCUAUCCCAGCAGCACACACAACAUCACUGUUCAGUUGUUGAGAAUAACUCCAGCAGACAGACACAGAGAAUACGUACUGCUCUCCUUUCAGGAACAUCACACCUGUGAAUGCAGGCCCAGACGAAACCCCUGGAGAACUCAACCUAAAAGGAGACGAACCGGUAAACGCAGACGGAGAAGAAGAGGCAGAGCUGGAGAGUAACAAAGUCACUUUAUGGAAGUCUUCACAGUCAAGAUAAGAGACCUAGAUUUACCUGAAUGGAAGAGAGAUAUCUCUACAAUGGCUUGCAACUUAAACAUUAUAUUACCUACCAACUAUUAAACCUGACAUAUAUCAGAACAUUGUUGUUUCGUAAGCUUAAACUGCGCUAAAAAAAAAAAAAAGUUUUCAAAAUUGCAGUAAAAAUUCACAUACAGAGACCCUCCCGCGGCGAAUCGUCACUCUUUAUCUCUUGAUGAUUGGCUCUUUUUUUUACUGCAAUUUACUCUAAUUUGCAUUUGAAUUUGCAGUUGCGUUUUCUAUUUAUGAAUGUGGAUGUGAUAUGUACACAUCUAUGACCUGCUGGGAGCACUGGGCAGCCAACGUGCCUUGCUCAAUAUACUUUGCAAUAAUGUUUUUUAAUAGUCUUAUACUCUCAUCUAUGAUACAUUCAAUGCACAAUGCUGAUAAUGUUUUUUUGGACGCUUUUGACAUUAGGCUUGUUCGGCUUUAUGCGGCGCCGACAAACCGACAAGUGCAUGACGUCAAAGUACCGCGAGAACGAUUCGAGAAAUAAUACCGAGAAGUGUACUUUCGACUCGAUCUCGCAGUACUAUGACGUCAUCCACCUGUCAGUCUGACAGCUCGCAUUAUGCCUUUUGUGUCAGUAACUCUCUGCUGCCCUCUACUGUAAAAACUCAUUUAUUAGAAUGAAAGAACUGGGAUCAAUGCAUACUGCUUGUUGAUUUGUCAUUGUUUUUUUAUAUGUAAUGUGUCAUUGCAUUCCAUAGAUGAAUAAUAAUCAAGAAAGAAACGAAUGAGCAUGCACAAAACCAUUCCAAUAUGUCUUUUAUUGUUUCUAACAAUGACAGUAAA